UCCCAGGAAAGAACUCUCAAUAACAUUAGAACAAAUCAACAUCUAAAAACCUCAGUUUAAAAAGGAUCCUCAUGGAUUUCGAUCGAGCUUUAGAAAAGUGCGGUAACUAUGGCCGCUAUCAACUGGUGGUGCUGCUGUUGUAUGGCUACACCAAUUUUAUGGCCUCCAUGCACUAUUACUCUCAGACACUUAUUACAUUUACACCCGAUCACUGGUGCUAUCACCAGCAGUUGGAAAAUAAAACUUUUACCGAAAUCAAUGACAUUUACAAGAACUAUUCAAAUCCUCAUUGCUCAUUGUUGGAAUUGAAGGGCAGUGUGUUGGAGAGAGCCGAAGUGGGAGAGUGCCACAAGUGGUUUUAUAAAAAAGAAAAUGGCUACGAAAGUGUAACUACCGAGUUAAACUUGGUUUGCGAUUCAGCUUAUAAAUCGGCUGUGGGUCAAUCAUUUUACUUUCUGGGAGCUGUGGUGGGCACUAUUUCAUUUGGUAUUUUAGCCGAUCGCAUUGGCCGUUUGCCUGCCAUUAUUUUGAGUACUUUGUCGGGUGGUUUGGGAGACUUUUUAUCCUCCUUUGUCAACAGUGUGGAAAUGUUUGCUGUUACCCGUUUUAUUUGCGGCUUGGCUACGGACACAUUUUUUGUGCUCAUGUAUAUAUUGACCUUUGAAUACCUUAAUCCCAAGAAACGCACCUUUGGCCUGAAUAUUAUAACGGCUACAUUUUAUUGUGCCGGUUUAAUGCUGUCACCCUGGUUUGCUUUGUGGGUUAAAACAUGGCGUUACUAUUUAUUAAUUGCCUCUGUUCCAGUACUUUUAUUCCUGCUGUAUCCCUUACUAAUCUGUGAAUCGGCUAGUUGGCUGUUGACUAGAGAAAAAUAUGAUCGAGCCGUUCAAUGUUUGAAACGUGUGGCCAAAUGCAAUGGCCGCCAGGUGGAGGAGAAAGUUUUUCAGGAGUUCAUUGAAUAUUACAAACAAAAGGCUGUAGAGGAGCAAAAGCUUAAAAAUGAUGAUACAUUUUGGGGCAUGUUUAGAACUCCACGUCUAAGGAAAUUUACCAUUAUAUUGCUGAUCAAAAGUGUUAUAGUUACCAUGUCCUUUGAUAUUAUAUCACGUAAUGUGGAGGGUUUGGGUUCUUCACCCUUUAAACUGUUCUCCUUUUCUUCGAUAGUUUAUGUGCCCGCUGGUCUUACUCUUAUAGCCUUUCAAAAUGUAAUAGGACGCAAAGGUAUGGCCACAGCCUCUUUACUAGGAGGCAGCCUAAUAACAGCUGUUACUGGUUUCCUAAUAGCCUUCUUAGAUCCCUCAACAAAUUCUAUUCUACUGGCCAUAAUGGUGGGUUUGAGUCGUUAUGGAGCUGUGGUGGCCUACGAUGCUGAGGUUCAGUAUUGCACCGAAAUUGUGCCCACCAGUGUUAGAGGUCGUGCUGUGGCCAAUAUACAUGUGUUGGGCUAUGCCUGCAGUUUCUUCAAUUCUUAUGUCAUUUAUUUGGGUCAUUAUUACAAGCCUUUACCCUCGAUUUUCAUCAGUAUUAUUAUGUUAAUGGGAGCUGGUUUAUGCCUGUGUUUGCCCGAAACUUUGAACCAAAAACUUCCUGAAACUUUAAGUGAUGGUGAGGUCUUUGGUCUUGAUGAGAAGUGGUAUUUCUUUCCUUGUUUUAAUAGGAAAUCGAAACCUAAGGAAAAACCAAUUGAUGAAAAGUUUUGUUAUACAAAUAACAUAGAUUUAACACAUUUUUAA